AUGGGCUCGGACUUCACCUACAGCCAGGUCUACCGGACCAGCCCGAACCCGUACGACCAGAUCAUCGUGCUGAGCCAAAAGACGAUCAACGAUGAGCUCUUCAACAUGUGGGCCGUGGCGCCCGACGACUCGCCGCUGCUCUCGUACACACUCAACCUGCGCGACGGGCAGUCGCUCAGCAGCCAGCUCGACGCGCCCGUCAUCUCGCUGCAGGUCAACAACCAGGAGUCGAUCCAGCUGUACUACUACCUCAAGAUGCUGUCUGGCACGCUCAACCUGUACGUCAGCAACGACCCGGCCGACAUGAGCAUGAAGCAGUUCGACACGACCGACUGGUCGAUUGCUAUCCCCGUCAAAAUCUCACGCAAGAUCAUCAACAAGGGCGACGACGAGUGGAAGUACUACGCCGACAAGACGGGCUUCAAUAACGACAUCUUUUCCGUUGCCCAGCUGUACAUUGACGCGUCGAGUGAGUUUUGCUUUGCUUCCUCUGCCAUCUACGACCUCAAGCGCAGCACCUUCAACGGGCUGGACUGGUCCAAAGAGACGGCGGCCAUCCAGCAAAACUUUGGCAUCUUCAUGUCGCAGUGGAUGUCGGUGACGUCGUCUGGGGCGACCAACGUGAUCGGGGCCGUCCUGCAGGGCGACCCGUCGAGCACGCUCAACACCACGGCGCCGAGCUUCGUGCCGACGUCCAUCGACUACUACAACUAUGCGUGGCACAACCCCAGCUCGGACCCCAACGGCACGGGGGCCAAGGUCGACGACAUUGACGAGAACGCGCUGUGCUACCUGACCAUGUCAGACUUCGCGCCGCCGCCCGAGCCCGUCGGCAUCAGCUUCUCGGGCACCUUUGUCGACGACUCGGCCGUGCUGUGCAUGAACGCGCGCCUGUUCUGGGACCGCUGGAUGCUGCCGCUCUUCAAAAAGGUCAACCAGGAGCUGGAGCUGGUGGCCCUCGAGCCGUACCUGCAGCCGUCGCAGACCGCGGGCUGGGACAUGGACUGCGGUCCCAGCUUCACCUUUGGGUCCAACUCUGCGCACACGUCCGACACGGACCCCUACUUUGACUUUAGCAACCUCCAGUGGGCUGGCACUGAGAUUGAUAGCCCCGAGGCGUCGUGCACAGGCAAUUUUGGCGACUUUGCCAAGGCGUACGACACGGCGACGACAUCGACGAGCCUGUCGUACGACGUCGGUGGGCAAAAGAUCUCCAUCCUGGGCAGCAGCACCUUUUACUUCAAGAUCUACUUUCCCGGAAGCUAUGCCAACUCGACCAUGACGCUGACGUCCAACUGGCAUCUCGACUUUGCGCUGGGCGCGGUGACAGACGGGGGGCUGGACAUUUCGCGGUACGACGACGGCACGCCGGCCGUGGUGACGAUGCACGAGAGCCACGACGCGGGUAUCACGUGGAUGAUCGACUACGAGACAUAUGUGCAGCAGAUUGACGAGUGGAUCACCAGCUACCUCGACGAGAACAUUAGCUGGCUGACCGACGACUUGACCGCGGCGCUGGUCAACCAGCACAAGCUGUUCCUGCCGGGCAGCGGCAUCUUCCUGAUGUCUGACGCAAAGUUCAACGCGCGCGGCGACCUGCUGGCCACGCUGGCCUACAACGGUGCCCCGUCGCCCAUCGUCCGCAGCAAGAUUCCGGCGGCGCGGCUGAGCCUCCUGGCGCGCGACUACGUCGAGUCGGAGCUGGCCGUCGACCACGGCGGCGUCGACUGGGUGCCCAAGGCGUGGGCCGAGCUGAAGCUGCCCAAGCGGCAGCAGCCCCGGCACGACAAGUCCAAGGCCGCCAAGCUGCCGCCGCUCAAGCUGCCGCGCUUCACUGCUGGGAAGAAGUAGAGCUUUGCAGUGCAUGGAAAGGAGUCUGAUGGGAAAGCGUGCGAGAGAGACAAGAAUGUAUGCAUUGCCAGUGCAGGAAGCAUGCGGGAAGCAACUGGCUGAAGGCAAUCAGUAUCUCCAGUAUCUCGGGUCAAGUGUUUGUAGUAGCGAGUCUGUUUUUGUGACGGUUCGAAAUCGACAAUUAUUCGAUUGCUUUCCUAUAACAUUGGCUGGACGGUGUGUCGCGCGCAUGACGGUCAAGCCCAUCUUCUUGGUGUUGUGGUGGAGUUAGGAGCAACUUUGUCCGUAAAGUGUUGAGCGUGGUUAAGGAGUUUGAGUAGGAAAUAUGGAAGGAAUGAUUGACUUCGGG